GCCAUGGCUUUGGUGAGGCCAAAUCUUUCUUGGGUUAAGAUUGGUCUUUUUGAUCAAUGCCUGCGACCAGAAAUCACCAUCAACACAAAGAAAGAACAGAAAAAGGGAAAAACAGCAAAGCAAUGAUCAAGGGAAAAAAAAAAAAGAAGGAAAAAAUAGAGGGUUGUAGUGGUUUGUUAGAUCUGGCCUGCAAGUGGUCCGACGGCCAUGAGAGGGGUUCGACAGCAAUGAAGGAAAGAAGAUGAUGAAGAUCGACACCAUGAUUUGUUAGAUCUGGAAUGCUCGACGGCCAUGGCUUUGGUGAGGAAGGAGAUUCGGCAACAAUGAGAAAGAUAGGGUAAUGGCUUUGGUGAGGAAGCGGUUCGGCAGUAAUGAAGGAGAGAAGAUGAUGAAGAUUGACACUUCAUGAUUUGUUAGAUCUGGAAUGCUCGACCGCCAUGGCUUUGGUGAGGAAAGAGAUUCGGCAGCACUGAGGAAGGGGUUCGGCAGCAAUGAAGGAGAGAAGAUGAUGAAGAUUGAUGACGGCCAUGGCUUUGGUGAGGAAGGAGAUUCGGCAGCAAUGAGGAAGAUAGGGUUUCAGUUUGUGGUGGAGAAGAGGAAAAGAUGAGCUUUAGACUUUUUCGUAAAAAAUGCUGCAGCUUAAAAAUAAUAAUUUUAAGUAUAAAAACUAUUUUUAUAACAAAUAUAAAUUUGAGGACUAAAAGAUAAAAAAAUAUAGUUAGAGGACUAACUGUUCUCUAACAGAAUAGGAAGUUUUCCGUUAUUUUUGAUCAAGUAGACGAAAUUGAAAUGAAUAUGAAAGUUAAUAGACCACUUAGAAAUAAAACAUAGUUUCUAGA